AUGGCGGCCGUUCCCACCAUAAAGAAGCUAGACGAGGCUGUUGUUAAUCGCAUUGCAGCUGGUGAAGUGAUUCAAAGGCCGGCUAAUGCACUGAAAGAAAUGAUCGAGAACUCGCUUGAUGCAAAGGCUUCAUCAAUAACGGUAACAGUCAAAUCUGGAGGUUUGAAACUUUUGCAGAUUCAGGACAACGGCUGUGGCAUUAGGAAAGAAGAUAUGGGGAUCGUCUGCGAGCGUUUCACUACGAGCAAACUUACAAAAUUUGAGGAUUUAAGCUCCAUUGCGACGUAUGGUUUUCGUGGAGAAGCUCUGGCAAGCAUUAGUCACGUUGCUCACGUAACUAUCACUACAAGAACUGGAGAAUCGAACUGUGCUUUCAAAGCGAGUUAUUCGGAUGGAAAACUAGUGCCUGCAAGACCUGGAUUGUCUGCUGACCCUAAGCCUUGUGCUGGAAACAAAGGCACUCAGAUAACUGUCGAAGAUUUGUUUUACAAUGUGUCGACUCGACGGAAAGCUCUUAAGAGUUCCGGUGAAGAGUUCGCGAAAAUUGCUGAUGUGGUGAGCAAGUAUGCUAUACACAACUCUGGAGUUGCGUUUACGUUGAAGAAGCAGGGAGAAAACAUGGCGGAUGUCAGAACCACCAAUGGUGCUUCUAUUUUAGAUAACAUUCGCACAAUCUAUGGAGCUUCAGUUGCAAGAGAGUUGUUAGAAGUUAGCUGCGACAACCAAAAGUAUGCCUUCAAAAUGCAUGGCUACAUUUCCAAUGCUAAUUAUUCUGUCAAGAAGCUGCAGUUUUUGUUAUUUAUUAAUCAUCGUCUUGUUGACUCCUCUGCUUUAAGGAAAGCAAUAGAAACAUUAUAUGAAGCUUAUAUUCCAAAGAACAGCCAUCCCUUUGUGUACAUAUCCCUGGAAAUUGCACCAAGAAAUGUUGACGUUAAUGUUCACCCCACCAAACAUGAGGUUCAUUUUUUGCAUGAAGAUUCCAUUAUUGAGGCUAUUCAGAAGGCCUUUGAAGAGAAGUUGUUAGGGGCAAAUUCAUCCAGAACUUACUACACUCAAACCCUUCUGCCUGGUGUCCCGGUGACUGAUACUUCUACAGGUUGGUGAUAUUAAUAGCAGGGUUCCCUUUGCAUUUACCAGCUCAGAUAAACAAACACAGUAGAUUGUUAGUUUUACAUCAUCUGUACUGGUACAUGCACAAGAACCCAUGUAGAUUAGUGAACAAGAUUAAAGGUACUUGCUAUUUGCUCACCCAACCCAAGCCACAAGCCCAUGCCUCUCGCUAUUAACAUCGAGAAUCAGUAUUUGAAACUCCCCCAUGUGUUUUUUCUUUGAUGGAAAAUACAUUUAAUUUAAAUGAUAAAUACCCUCCCCUUCCCCACCUUGACUUUUAUAGGCAUUUAGAUCCAUAAUUUCCAUCAUUUUAGUCAGAAAUGUGAUUGAAUAUACUCUCCAUUGCAUUGUUUUUUAAGUGGCAGACGAUGGUGGACAAUCUAAUGGUGGAAAGUUAUAUGCACAUCAAAUGGUUCGAACAGACAGUAGAGAGCAGACUCUGCAUGCCUUUCUUCCUCCUAAAAAUCAUGCUACAACCUCAAGUGUAACAAACAGGUCAGGUUAAAAGAUUGCUCAAGAUUACAUUAGAACCUAAAAUGUUUUUUUUCAUAGUCACAUGUUAUUCGAAAUAGCUUGCAAAAGCCCUCAGGGUGUUUGUCAGCUUCUUAUUAAUCUCUUGCAUUGGUGUUUUUAGUGAUUCUCAGUCUUCAAGAACUAUCACUCAACAUGAAGCCAAUAAUUCGGCUGAUGGGGAACCAAACAGGUCUAAAACUCUUACUUCAACUGCUAAUAUUACUGAUGAAAGCACACUUUCAGUGUCCAACUCAAGCAAAUCUAUGGAUGCUGGUGAGAAGGACUUCUCUGACCAACCAUCAGGUAACAGAAAUUUAUCAUUUCCAGUCAAUUUAAGUUAACAUUUGAUUGACCCACUUAAUUUAGGGUACAUUGUAGACUGAAUAACUGAUGGCUGAACAUGUCCAUUGACAGUCUGGGUGACUAACUGAAUGACUGGAAAAGUGUGUGGAUUACACCCUUAUAUACAGUGUUUUCUCCUCAAUGUUCUUGAUACAUUUCCAUUGGUACUGAUAAGGAUAGUUUUUCCAACAAGCAGCCUGUUUUUUACCAUUUUUUGGUUGUUCAAAUCCCACUUCAGGGAACAGCAACUUUGAUUAAAAAAUUAUUGUUGUUUUUAUUGGUUGAUUAAGUGGUUGGUUCUACCUCUCCAGGUCCAAAAAAGCCAAGACUAGAGGAAAAUGGUGACAGGAUUGCAAAGGGCCAAAACAAGUUAACUUUCCACAGAGAAAUUCGCCUUACCAGUGUCUUGAAUCUACGUAAAGCCAUUGACAGCAAUGAACAUCAAGGAAUGAAAGAGCUGUUUGAAGACCAUAAAUUUGUGGGCUGCGUGAACAGGUCACUCGCUCUCGUCCAACACAGCACAAAGUUGUUCCUUGCGAAUGUCACAACCCUUAGUAAAGAACUCUUCUACCAGGUUAUCAUGUUUAAGUUUGGCAACUUUGACUUUCUAAAGCUUUCAGAGCCAGCGCCAGUCUAUGAGCUUGCCAUGCUAGCUUUAGACUGUGAGGAGAGUGGAUGGACGGAAGAGGAUGGUCCUAAAGAUGAGUUAGCGGCGUACAUUGUCAAUUUGCUGAAAGGAAAAGCAGCUAUGUUGUUGGAUUAUUUUUCUUUGGAAAUUGAUAAAGAAGGUCAUCUAUUGACAUUGCCGUUGCUGUUAGAUGGUUACAUACCAAAUCUUAAUGGUCUUCCUUUGUUUGUUCUUCGCCUUGCUACAGAGGUAAGCAGUAUGGAAUAGUGGAAUGUCAGAACUUUUUGUGUUAUUGGACCCAAAGCUUGAAUACAGUCCCGUCUGGUAGUCCAGGACUAGGGGAGUAUUGUUUGAUCUCACUUGCCCAAUAAGGGUCUAUGCAAGUCAUCCUCUAACUAAAUCAUUAACAAAAACAAGCAAGAAGUGACCCAAAGGACAAACUGGAAUUCAAGUUUUUUGCAAGCCCUGUGAACUGGAAGCUUAUUAGGAAAUUCUGCGCUUUUUUAGUUUGUUUUUGGCUAUCAAUCGUUUUGCAAUCUUGAACACAGGCUUAACACCUCUCUCCUCCUCAAUGGCUUCUUUGUGUCGUAGGGAGGUUGGAGAGAGGGAAAAAAGUGCACUGGGGGUGAUAUAUAGGAUGUGAAGAGAGAGGAAGAGAGACCUCUGCACAAUGUUCUGGCUUUCAAGAAUGUCAGAGAAACAGAGAGGAAGUUUGUUGUACAAGCUGCAACUACACAUUAAUGUGGCUUGUUCCCCAGUAUAUGCUACAUCAGGCUGAAUGAAUGGCCGCGUAUCCUCCUCAGGGCGUGGCAGCAUUCACGGCAGCUUGGUACAGAACAUAACUUUGUGCUAAUCUCUCAGCCUCAUUUUUGGUUUAUCUAAGCCUUUUGUUGAUGCUAAUAAAUGCCAUCAGCUGUUUCCUGUGGCAUUAAAACCCUUUAAGCCCCGAUAUCCACAUACAACCUCUCGGUACAGAUCUCCAUACAUUUCCCUGAAAAACUUGUCGAGGGAUUUUGUUUAAAGAUCAAAGCAUUUUUCACUGAGGUGAUCACUUUAUUAAUUUUUAUUACUUUUUGUCCUUAUUAUGUACUGAUAUUGGUUGGAGAAACUUGAUGUUGAUCACUCAUGGGACCACUGCAGAUGUUACAGUGCCAUGUACCUCAAUUAUGAUGUUUGGAGUUAAUUUCAUUUAUUCUUUUUUCAGAACUGAAUACUGCCAGUCAAUAAUUUGCUAUAAUUCAUCUUGAGAUAAUUUUAAUUUUUCCUGUAACAUGUUUAGGUGGACUGGGAUACUGAAGAGGGAUGCUUCCGAACCUUUGCACAGGAGUGCAGCAGAUUUUAUGCAUUUAAACCAGAUCCUUUCCAACGUGAUGAGAACUCCACCAAAGAUGUUGACACAGAGGAUCCCAAUGCUGGAAAAUCUUUGUCUUUCAACAAAUCAUGGCAAUGGACCGUAGAACAUAUUUUAUUUCCUGCUUUUCGCACAGGACUUAUCCCUCCCAGCCGCUUUUCUGAGGAUGGUACUCUCCUUCAAAUAGCAAAUUUGCCAGACUUGUACAAAGUUUUUGAAAGGUGCUAA